CCUCUCUGAGACAAUGCUAGGAUUUGACCUACGCCGAACCAGUCUUGCACGGUUCAUGAACAGACGGGCCUCUGCUAACUGCCGCUACCAGCCCACCUGCUAUGAGCAUGCUGCAAACUGCUACACCCAUGCACUCCUCAUCGUGCCGGCCUUUGUGGGCAUGGCGUUUCUGCACCGUCUGUCGGACAACGGCUGGGAGAAGGUCACUGCCUGGGUGUACGGCAUGGGCCUGUGCGCCCUCUUCCUGGUCUCCACUGUGUUUCACAUCAUCACCUGGAAGAAGAGCCACAUGAGGUCAAUGGAACAGUGUUUCCACAUGUGUGACAGAGUGGUCAUCUACCUGUUCAUCGCUGCCUCCUACACACCCUGGUUGAACCUGCGUGAAUUGGGCCCCCUCGCAGCACACAUGCGAUGGUUUGUGUGGCUCAUGGCUGCUGCUGGAACCAUAUACGUCUUCAACUACCAUGAAAAGUAUAAAGUUGUUGAGCUGGCCUUCUACUUGAUGAUGGGUUUCUUCCCUGCAUCAGUUGUGACAUCGAUGAGCAACACGGAGGGCAUGCAGGAGCUGGCGUGCGGCGGCCUCAUCUAUGUCCUCGGCGUGUUCUUCUUCAAGAGCGACGGCGUCAUCCCCUUCGCCCACGCCAUCUGGCACGUGUUCGUGGCGCUGGCUGCGGCCGUACACUACUACGCCAUCUGGAAAUACCUCUACAAGACCCCCGGUGCGGACCCCCACCUCCAGUCGUGACCACAGCCGGGGCUGGACGCCGCUUCUCCACCUUUUGCUUCUGAAGAAAGCGCCUGCACACUCCUCUACUGCCCACUGAAGCUGACACCACAGCCCUGAAGUUUACGCAAAAAUGACCAUGAAUUGUUUUCUGUUUUCUAACGUGGAGAACAGAUUUCUGACAAACAAAAGCUACAUUCAAAGCUUUUUUUGUAAAACUUCAACGGAAAACAGGGCAGCCAGGGGGUGAAUUUUGACUUUUUACAAUGAGUGUUUGAGCAAUUUGAUUGACUUUUGUAUGGCUUGAGUCACAUUCCACAUUGGGGUCAUAACUGGGAGAUUUAUCAUCAUUUCAGCGGAUUAUUUGAACAAUAGGAGUAUCCAGUGAGGUGCUAAAAAUUAGGCAGGGCUGGGAGAACUAAUAUCACAUGGAUUCCUUUUUUUCAUACUUUGUUUUUAAUGAGUAUAAUUUACGGAGCCCCCUAGGGGACAUGGAGAAGAAAAAAAAUGUAUUUGAAUAAAAAUAAAAUGUUUUGCGAGAUCUGGCAAAACCUUUGUGAGAUCUCGCAAAACCCCGUUGCAGUUUGUAGACGGUCCCUAAGCACUCCUCUCCCUCCUCA